CCCACCUGAUUUUCACUUCAUAUCCUCUUCACUGGUCUUUUGGCACCUGACAGAAGAAACAGUGUGGAGCAAAAAUCUGCCUUGAUUUCUGUGCUACACAGAGAGAACGCGCACAAAAAAUGAAGAAGUUCCUGUGUGGCCCUGGACAGCACUCUGCUGACAAGGCUCUUUCCAUCUUGGUGGUUGCUGCUCAUCUUUUCUUCCUGGCAGAAACACAGGAUCUGCAUGGAGAACGACUGGGUCUACUGGGAAGAAAUGAUAAAUACGUGUCCCUGGUCAACUUCAGCAUCCCUCAGCUCUGUCAGUUCACGGUGUGCAUUGACCUAAACCGGACUGCCAAUGUCAGCUCGUGGGCAGCAUUUUCCUAUGACACCAACACUGCCUCCACUGACAUCAAUGACUUAGAACUCGGGCUCUCUGGAGAAAACAAGCACCUGAGACUGUAUCUUUUUGGCACCAGACGAGACAUUGAGAUCGACCUGGCCCUUUUUGUGUGGUACAGUGUGUGCUGCUUGUGGGACAGCAGGAAACAGCUGCUGGAGGUCUACUGCAAUGGGAACCUCGUGCACAGCGAAGCCCUGGGCAGUGCAGGGUGUCUGAAACCCAACGGCAGCCUGGUGCUGGGCCACCUGCACAAGAGAAGGGAUGGCUUCAUUGUCAGGGUCAGCAACAGCUUCAUUGGCAGCUUGUACUACUUCCAGCUCUGGGACCGUGUGCUGGGUCAGGAAGAGCUGCUGGGCUGUGCCAUGGGCAGCACUGUCAGCUGGAAGGAGCAGUACUGGAACUUGAGCAGCGUCCCCCCCGUCAUGGACCAUCGCCUGCGCUGUGCAGGCUUGAGGAGAGCAUCUUCAGCAAGGGCUCCUACACUGCCCCCUUUGCCUCCGACCAGUAGCACCAAGGGUGUCAUUCCAGUCACCUUCUUCAAUGUUCACAUGAACUUUUCUCUUUUCUACAAAACCCAGAGGGCUCCUGAUUACUAUGAUGCAAGGAACCUUCUUGAACACUGGUUUAGUAUAAUCUUUACUGGAGAAGAAUUUGUUAUGACAAACUUUAAAAUCAGGGGUAAUUAUCUACAAAGCAGUGCCUAUAAGAGGACUCACGGGAAGGUAAAGCGGAUGUCACAAAGCUACUUCUGUAAGGCAAUUCUAAAGGCCACAUCUCUGGAAAUACAAGAAGUGCUGAGUCUCAGGAUCAAACAGCUGUUGAAUGACACAUACAAAGAGGGACCACUAUCCUUAUAUGUGAAACCUGAAGAUGUGGCUGUGAAGUCAAUAGCACUGAUGGAUUGUCCAGAAAGCUUUUCACACACAAGUUACAAGGGGAAUUAUUCCUGGCCACUGACAAGUCCAGCCUCUGAAGCAGAGGUCAGCUGCAGGAAAAACCCUCUGCAGUCUGCUCAGAGGAGCUGUGCAAUUAGUAUUGAACUAGAGCAAGCUUUUUGGAAGAAACCAAACAUGACUAGAUGUAAACUACUGGAAAAACUUCCAAAUAAUAUUUUAGGCCUCCAGGAUAUCAAGAUAACAGAAGAGAACGCACAAGAUGUUAUACAGCAUAUUUUAUACCUCUUGCCAGAUGCAACACUGCAUGUGCAAGAAUUAGAAAUCAUUGCAAGUAAAAUUUCUGAUGUUGUCCAGCUUGCAGAUGUGAGCAUGACACUUGCAGAGACUGCAUUGUCUAUACUAGACUAUAUUUUGCUGCAAGAAAUAGAAGAUCAGAACAUUAGAAAAAUAACCAAUAGUAUCCUGCAGACAACUGAGGAGAUAGGCUACAAGGUGACUUACACAGACAGAAAUGCGUCGGUCAUAACCUCUUCCUUGGCUCUGUUGGUGUUGCGUCCAGAUCCCAGCACGUUUGGAGGACUGGCCUUUGGCAUCACCUCCUACAACAGAGGUGUGGAUCUCCAGAUCAAUGUGCAAGAAAACCCUUUCAAAAAUGCCUUGGCCUCAGUGUUUUUGCCAAAAUCCCUGAAGAACUUCCUCGGGAUCGAGCACUGUGACCCAGACAAGCAUUCGAAGAUCCAGUUUAAGUUUUUUGGCACUACUUCACUUUUUGCGGAUGACAGUUUAACGAUGGAGAAGCUGAACACUUACGUUGUGAGUGCCAGUGUUGAAAAUGCAUCAGUUCAGAACCUUAAUGAGCCCGUGACUGUCACUCUUCAGCACAUAGACCAGAACACGGGCAAUGCAGCAGUGCACUGCGUCUUCUGGGACUUUGGGAAGAACAAUGGACUGGGUGGUUGGAAUACAUCGGGGUGUGAAAUGGAAUAUACAGAUAUGAAUUACACAAUCUGUUUUUGUAACCAUCUUACCCAUUUUGGAGUUCUACUGGACUUGGCCCGGACAGAAAUAGAUGUCACAGAUGAUCAUAUAUUAACUGUGAUAAGCUACGUAGGAUGUGGUGCUUCUUCCCUUUUUUUGGGAAUAACGCUGGUGACAUAUCUAACCCUUGAGAAGCUGCGGAGAGACAACCCUUCAAAAAUCCUGCUCAACCUUUGUGCUGCACUGCUGAUGCUGAAUAUGGUCUUCCUCACCAACUCCUGGCUGUCCUCAUUCAACCAGCCAGGCCUCUGCAUCACCAUGGCCAUGCUCCUUCACUAUUUCCUUCUUGCAGCCUUCACGUGGAUGUGCCUGGAGUCUGUUCAUUUUUACUUGGCCCUUGUCAAAGUUUUCAAUGUUUAUGUCCCAAAGUACAUCCUAAAAUGCUGCAUUGCUGGCUGGGGAAUACCAGCUGUUGUAAUUAUUCUUGUGCUCAUUAUAAACAAAGACUUCUAUGGCAAUGGGUCCCGCUCUGAGAGCAAGCCUUACAGCAAUUUCUGCUGGAUUCAGGACAAUCUAGUGUUCUACAUCUCCGUUGUGGCCUAUUUCUUCUUCAUAUUUUUGACAAAUACAGCCAUGUUCAUCACUGUCCUCCUCCAAAUCCACUCUGUGAAGACAAGGACGCAAAAGAGAUCUGGAGUCUGGAAACGAAGUGUUCUCCAAGACCUCAAAAGUGCUUUCAGCUUGAUGUUCCUUUUGGGCUUAACUUGGGGCUUUGCCUUUUUUGCCUGGGGAGAAGUGAGGAUAUUUUUCUUGUAUCUCUUCAGCAUUUUUAACACCUUGCAAGGGUUCUUUAUCUUUGUGUUUCACUGCCUAAUGAAGGACGAGGUAGUGAAGCAGUGCCGAGUACACUUCUGCUGGGGAAGAUUCCGUCUGAGUAGCUAUUCUGACUGGAGUGGGUCAAGUGCAACUGCAGGAUCUACACCAAAGCAUUUAAACCACAGAUCACCAUCCCAGGCUUUGCAGAGUCUAAAUUCUAAUGGAACAAGUUCAACUUGCAAUGGUUCAGAUUUCCUUCCCAGGUGUUCUCCAGAUAGGAAUUUUAAGAUUGCUGAAGUCCAUUACAACCCCAGUGCUGUAUCUGCAGAAGAUGGUGAGACCAAACAUCCUUGUUCACGAAGAACACUAACUGUGGAUACAGGGCUGCACUAUCCACAGAAAGCAGGAUUUUUACACUGAUACUCAAUUUGGUUUCUUCUGAUUAUCUAGUGAUGGUUCUCCUUUGUGGCAUAUGAAAACAAGCAUUGUUCACAUUAUUACUUCUACAGUACAGUUCUCACUCUGGACACAGCUAUGCCAUGACUCAACUCUAGGCUUCAGUGGAAUUUCAUUAAUGACCACACAAGGAUUUGCUGCCUCUGUGUUUCCAAUAUUAGUCCUCAUGUUAAACAGAGACUGGAAACAUUCUCUCCCUCAUCAUUAGUCCCUCUCACAGUUCAUCUUUUUUUUACCCUUUACACCUUCCUGCCAUUUCUGUUUCCUUCUUCAUCUGAUACUUAGUGUCAGAGCCUAAUACAUAUAAUACUGAGUUUCAAGUGAUAUUUUUUAGCCUGUUGGUUGACUGUCUCAGGCAUGGACAUAUCUUUCCUUUCUUUUUCUGAAAUGAAGUUUGACCAACUUGGACAUUAAGAAGUUGGACACUCAGGCUCCAAGAUGUAUGUUUUUAUUUUCAGAAGUGCUGGCUCUGAUGAUUUGGCUUUAGAUCUCUAAAGAGACUUAGGUACAUGUUUAAAUGUUCGAAAAUGUUGCCCAGUACCUUCAAAUGGAAUGUGGAAACAAUAAAAACUGAAAUUCCCACCUCUAAUGGGUAUCUAUGCAUAUGAAAUAAGUUUCAGAUUAUCUCUCCUGAAAAAAAAACAAACAACAAAAUAAACAGAACAAUAGCAGAACAGAACAAUAAAAUCCUACCAUCUUUGGAGGUGGCAAUUAAGGAGUUUUCCCUUUAUUAUUGUUUUUCUGUGAAUACAUUAGAAGAUAAACUCUAUUUCAGAACAUCACAAGAGAGACUUAACUUUCCUCUCCUACAAAGGAGAGGCUUGCUUUCAGCGAAUGUGUCUGAAUUGCUAACUUGCCUGUUCAGCCAAAUCCUAGUUUCAGUUUUGAAUGCCCUUUCAUGUGCAUCAUUCAGGUAAAGAUUUUUUUAUGAUUGCUAAUACAGUGAAAUACUAACCUGUACCAGUGAUAGAGGAGUAAAAUAAUAUAAUGGAGUGGUGUUGUAGAGCUGAUAUGUACGAUAGAAAAUACAAAAGGUUCUUUCAGUCUGUGAAUAACUCCCACACAGCAAUUAGUGAAAAAGAUGAAUAUUUUAAUGCACAGUAGCUACACCCAGCCUACUUGAAAUCAGGCAGAUCACCUUCAGUUCCUCAGCUUUCUGGGAGAAAUGUUGUCAUUAAAAACAUGCAAACAAGUUCCACCUCAUCCCCACUUGUUUCUAACUUGAAAUUGCUUUCAAUGGGAAAGAAAUGUAACAUAAAAAUGCAGUUCAGUAUGUCAGACAUGAAGUAUUGUGGUUUUUAUUUUCAUAAGUAAACUCUGUUCCACAAUCUGCUGCUGAAUACAAGUUUUCCCUGCUUUGCAAAGCGAAGCAGGACAUGCUGUGCUGUGGUGCUAAAGCUGUGCCUGAUCCCCUCCUGCACCCCUAACCUGGCUGCUGCACACCCCAGGGGGAUCCUGAGAGUUUGUGGAGUUCUUCAGUGGAACAGGAGUUUAAUCCUCCCACAAGUCCCUUUUACACCAGCUUGUCUCUGCCACAAUAUCAGUAAGUGUAGGUGGGUGGACGGACUGACGUGUCUCUGCCACCCUGCUUUGACCCUCACUUUCUCCUUCGUGCAGUAAUUCUUUCUGCAUCCACUUCAGAGGACAGAAAAUAAUGGGCUUACAUUUUAGCUAGAUAUUAGGUUACAAUUUCUAUUUUUAAGGAAUAAGUGGUCUAGAGAGCACAUAGAAUUGCCAUCAUUUCAGGGAUUAAAACCCACUCAUAGUGAUGAGACAAAUAUCUGCCAGAACUGGUAUGUCUUGCUUUAGGGCAAAGGAUGGACUGGAAGACCUGUUGAAAGUCCUCCCAAAUCUAUUUUCUAUUACUCUAAUUUAAAAUAAAAAGGCAGCAAAAGAGGAUCAAUACGAGAGCACCAUGAGACUGACUGGCCUUGUCUCCUGCAUCCUGUAAUUGUUUUAUUACAUUCCUGAUAAAAGGUGAAAUGUACCUUGAUUUUCUAAAGCUUUUGCUAAGUGCCUUCAUAAUAUUAUUAAUGGAUUAAAAGCAACAAAGAUUCAAAUAAAAGCUGGACAAACAGUAAGAAAAGUGCUGGAAUACUGAAGACUUGUCUGACUGCUGAGAAAUGGCUGGAAAUUUCUUGGGCAGGCCCAUCAGCAUGUUUCCCAUUUUGCAGGUGUACCAGCAGGAAGAAGAGCAAGCUGCACAGUGUGGAGCAAUGUCAGGUCUCCAUUCUUGCUAUUGAAUUAUUUUUUUUCUAUUCAAAAAGCAAAAUCUGGAAGUCAAUUUUUAAAACCCUGUCAACUUGCUUAUGUAAAAUGCGAAGCGCUAUUUGUUCUGGGAAGGCUGUUAGCUCACUUCCACUCUCCAUCGCACGCCUAAUGGCUUUUCCAGCUAAACAGUGUAUCAUUUAUGUUUCAAGCAUGGCAUUGUUUAGGUUGUCAGCUGGAAUGAGGAUGUGUAAUUUUCCUUGGGCUGAAUUAAUAUCUUCCGCACCGGCACCGUUGCAUCUGCUCUUCUCCAACAUAUCAGCGCUGACAUUCUGUCUCAGAAUUGUGCAUUGAUGGUUUUCACAGGGAGAGGACACGCACAAAGAACAAAUCUAAUAAAAUCUGCUCUGCGCUCGUGA